UCGUUUCAUUUCACAUUUCUUCUAUCUCUGAACCUAAAACCCUCUUCGCCCCCAAACCUCCAUUUCUUCGAUUCGCUUCAAUGGCUACUUCACUCGCUCUCAGAAACUCUUCUUCUAAACGUCUUUCACCUUUCCUCUUCUCCUCUCAAUUCCACACUUCUCUCACUCGUUCCCCGAUUUCUCAAUCACCUCUCACCGAUGACGCUACUCCUUCCUCCUCCAUUCCUUGGUGGAGAUCCAUGGCUACUUUCUCUAGAACAAAGCCUCAUGUUAACGUCGGAACUAUUGGACACGUGGAUCACGGAAAAACCACACUAACUGCUGCAAUCACCAGGGUGCUUGCUGAUGAAGGGAAAGCGAAAGCUGUGGCGUUUGAUGAAAUUGAUAAGGCUCCUGAAGAGAAGAAAAGAGGGAUUACAAUUGCUACGGCACAUGUUGAGUAUGAGACUGCGAAGAGGCAUUAUGCUCAUGUUGACUGCCCUGGACAUGCCGAUUAUGUUAAAAAUAUGAUUACUGGAGCUGCCCAAAUGGACGGUGGUAUCCUUGUUGUAUCUGCACCUGAUGGACCAAUGCCUCAAACUAAAGAGCACAUUCUUCUAGCUCGCCAAGUUGGUGUGCCAUCUCUUGUGUGCUUUUUAAAUAAAGUUGAUGCUGUAGAUGAUCCAGAAUUGUUAGAGCUUGUAGAAAUGGAGCUCCGUGAGCUUCUGUCCUUCUACAAGUUUCCGGGGGAUGAUAUCCCUAUCAUUAGAGGUUCAGCAUUGUCUGCUUUACAAGGUACAAAUGAGGAGAUUGGAAGAAAGGCCAUUUUAAAAUUAAUGGAUGCUGUUGAUGAAUACAUUCCUGACCCUGUUCGCCAGCUUGAAAAGCCUUUCUUGAUGCCCAUUGAAGAUGUAUUCUCAAUUCAGGGACGAGGAACAGUUGCUACUGGUCGUGUUGAACAAGGAAUCAUCAAAAUUGGUGAUGAAGUUGAGGUUUUGGGUAUGACACAGGGCGGUCCUCUGAAAACAACAGUUACUGGAGUUGAAAUGUUCAAGAAGAUGUUGGAUCAAGGACAGGCCGGUGAUAAUGUUGGUCUUCUUCUCCGUGGUCUGAAACGUGAAGACAUUCAACGUGGUCAGGUCAUUGCUAAACCUGGUGCUACAAAAGCAUCCAAGAGAUUUGAAGCAGAGAUAUAUGUACUCACAAAGGAUGAGGGUGGGCGACACACUGCUUUCUUCUCUAACUAUAGACCUCAGUUUUACUUGAGGACUGCUGAUGUCACCGGAAAAGUAGAGUUGCCAGAAAAUGUUAAAAUGGUUAUGCCUGGAGACAAUGUUACUGCUGUGUUUGAAUUGAUCGUGCCUGUUCCACUUGAACCAGGGCAAAGAUUUGCCUUGAGAGAGGGUGGCAGAACAGUUGGUGCAGGUGUGGUGUCGAAAGUGAUUAGCUGAAAAGCGCUCUAAGUGAAAUUUUAGACACAUUCACAACAAGGGGUUAAGAAGCCCCAGGACCUGACUAUUCUAUUGAAAACACAAACCCUGUGAUAAUCGAUUAAAUAUUCAGCGGUGAUUGGAUGAACUGAGUAAAUUUUAGAAAAGCUCAUCUUUAUGGUUAAUUUUGUAGUUCAUAAAUUGUCAACUGGCUCUUGAUCAAGCCUAAAAAAACAUGCUUUUGAUAGCUGCAGACCUUUCGUGCUUUAUGAAAAAUAAUAUGUGAAUGAAUCCUCUCUUUAUACGUUAACA